AUGAAUGGUAGAUUGCUCUUUCAAGGGUAUAGAAGCUCAAUUAGAGCGACAGCCUUUGCUGGAAGAAACCUAAGGCCACUGCAAGCUUCUAGAAAGCUUUCUUCAAUACUUCCCAAAGCUGGAUCUGAAAAGUCGCACUCCUCUAGUAAGAUCCUGACCAGAGGUGGGUUAGUUAUUGGCUUAGCCUUAGUAGCCACCACUGCAACGAUAUGGUCUCAGUCGUUGGCAUCUCCGAUUAGCAAUGAUGAUGAGAGAAAAGUUACACCGGAAGAGUUGGCCAAGCACAACACAGGAACCGACUGUUGGGUAGCCAUCAAUGGAAAAGUGUACGAUCUGACUGAAUUUCUGCCUCAACAUCCUGGUGGCCGUAAUGUUAUAUUGAAGCGGGCUGGAAAAGACGCUUCCAAAGUGUUCAAUCCGAUCCACCCCCCAGAUGCCAUUUCCAAGUUCCUUCCCGCUGAUAAGUUUGUCGGAGUUUUGGAUGGAGAAUUGCCCGAGGAAGAGGAAGUCCUUACUGACGCUGAGAUUGAAAGACAGGAGAGGAUCGCCAAUAAACCACCUUUAAGCUCGAUGUUCAAUGUGUACGACUUUGAAUAUGUGGCUCAAAACAUUCUAGAUGAAGCUGCUUGGGCUUACUACUCCAGUGCUGCUGAUGAUGAGAUAACGCUGCGUGAGAACCACUUUGCCUACCAUAAAGUUUUUUUCAGACCAAGGAUAUUGGUCGACGUCACUAACAUAGAAUUGGAAACAGAAAUGCUUGGUAUUAAAACUUCUGCUCCCUUCUACAUUUCUGCUACUGCUCUAGCUAAGUUAGGACACCCAGAGGGAGAAGUUGGUAUUGCCAAAGGUGCUGGCCGUGGAGAUAUUAUCCAGAUGAUUUCCACUUUGGCUUCUUGCUCCCUAGACGAAACUGUUGCCGCUGCCAAGGAAGGUCAAUCCCAAUGGUUCCAAUUGUACGUAAAUUCUGACCGUGAAGUUGCCUAUAAUAUGAUCAAGCACUGUGAAGAACUUGGAAUUAAGGGCAUCUUUGUCACUGUUGAUGCUCCCUCUUUAGGAAACAGAGAGAAGGAUAGACGUAUGAAGUUCACUGAAGAUACUGAUGUGGACUUGUCUGGCGAUGGUAAAACAGAGGUUAACCGUUCGAACGGUGCAGCAGCUGCAUUGUCUUCAUUUAUCGACACCGCUGUGACUUGGAAGGAUAUUGCAGAGUUCAAGAGACGUACAAACUUACCUAUAGUGAUAAAGGGAAUUCAACGUACUGAGGACGUCAUACUUGCUGCUGAACAUGGAGUGGAUGGGGUAGUUUUGUCAAAUCACGGAGGUAGACAGCUAGAUGGAGCACCUCCUUCCCUACAAGUUUUGGCUGAGUGCAUGCCUGUGCUGAGGCAACGUGGUCUUGACAAGAAGCUUGAGGUUUUCGUUGACGGAGGUAUCCGCAGAGGUACAGACAUCAUGAAAGCUCUGUGUCUUGGAGCCAAGGGUGUUGGUUUGGGACGUCCUUUCCUGUACGCCAACUCAGCCUAUGGACCUGACGGUGUGGAAAAGGCGAUCGAUAUUUUGAAGAACGAACUGAUAAUGAAUAUGCGUCUACUGGGAGUCACCAAGAUUUCUGACUUGUCACCAGAGUUUGUCGAUACCAGACCACUAUUUGGCUUGACUGCCAACGAUCGACUAUUCAAUAACAACUAUUUAGACAUCGAAUUUCCUAAAUUCAAGGACGAAUAA